AUGGUCCAACAAUACUUAAAUAUCCCCUUGGGUUCCCGAACCAACUCAAUGGAGAACGCACCAUCUAUUUCCUUGGUGGAUAACACCGUCCCACAGCCCACUGGCGAGGGAACUCCACGUCGCACAUCCACACUCGAUCGGCAAGGAAGCCUAUCCAAACACCUCAGCCGUGCAUCGGUCCAGAGUCAGCUCACAAAACGAAAGUAUGCCAAGUGGCAACCCGAAAGACUGGGCAUCGCCCAGGACAGCGACGUACUCAGCCGGGAACCCUCUCAAGUGCGCGGGGGCUCGAUCUCCGCAAGUUCGACGGGAGAAGGCAGUGCAAGCAGAGACAUCGAUACAGCAGAUUUUGCACCAUCUCGUGUACAAAGCAUCAUUACGACAGAUACCGACUUUAAUGGAAGUGGGGGUCAAAUUAACGCCCCGGACGCAAAGUCACGCUCGGAAAUGGAUAUUCUCUACGAGAAUCAACGAGGCUCAUUCAUAUUUGGAGUACCUCGAUACUCGCAUAGCUCUCUUUUAAAUUUUGACCCCGCGGCUUGGAUGACCCAGGAUCGCCGGCCGAGUGCUGUCAACAUCACCAAUGCUCAAUUGCCAGACCCAAGUUGGGAGUGGGCGUGGAAUGCAUGGUAUGUUGACAUGUCUGGCGACACAGAUGAACAAGGUUGGCAAUAUUCUUUCUCGUUCUCUUCCUCCUCAUGGCAUGGCACACAGCCUUGGUUCCAUUCAUUCGUGAGGAGGAGGCGUUGGGUCCGACUACGAACAAAGGUCUCUGACCGACGUGUCCGGGGUCGCUCCGACUUCGAAAAAUCACACAUGCUUAAUGAAGAUUACUUUACCAUCCACUCGCCCAAGGUCCGAAGCCGGGAGCAGAGUGUGGCUGGUCUCUCGCGAGUUGAAUCAGGGUUCUUGAACCGCGCAAGUAUGACUGUUGAUGAGGAGCCGCACAUCGAUGAAAUCGGCAAUAUUCCCAGCUUGCUCCAUGCUCUGAAACUAGCUUCCAUUGACCGAGAGCGGAUCGAUGCAUUGAAGAGGUUCGUGGAAGAAGGCGGCGAUGAGCUAUAUUAUUUAACUGAUAAGAUACCGGAAAUCAUGCCAACCUUCUUAUUCCAAGCAUCACGGUGGCAAUUCAUCACUUAUCUCUCUGGGGUGAUCCGCGAAUUGUCCACGACCCCUGCAGAUUCCGACAAAGACGCUGAUGCCGUUCAGCGCAAGAAGGACAAUCUUACACGCGCAGCAGAAGCUUGCAAGCGGCAUACGACUGGUCCAGAUGUCUUUAAAGAUGAUCAUGGAGAGUCGGCGACUGAAUUACUUGAUUUAACACCCAUGGCCCGGGAUCCAUUAUUGUCCAAAAGACCGGUCUUGGAGCAACGGUCUGACUCGAUGAGACAGAUCUUCAAGGGCAUUCCUAAAGCGGCUGAGAUUGGCCGUGAAGGUCAUAUCUACUAA